UCUAUGGCUGCGAGACGCUCUGUUCCCCAUCUUUUAUGCCUUGGGAGGAUUGGAGCCCACUGACAGGCACAAGCGAGGCGUGCCCCUUGCUACUUUGCAAAAAGAACACAGAGAGUGCAGGGAUUCUCAGUUGCAGCGACUUGUCCUGUGUGUGUUUGUAGGGCUCAGCAUGCGGCUGUUACUCAGGCUCCGUGUGGCAUGUCAGACCACUCAGUUUAUCAGCAGAUCAUUGAUGACAACAGGCACAUCUCAUUCUAAGGGCCAGCUGCCUGAUAUGAAAGAAGGAAAUACUUUUAUCCAUGUUAAUGACGUGCGAGACAGACUAAGAGCUAUAGUAGGAGCAUCUACCAACUGGAGUGAUCAUGUUCAAGCCAUGGAGGAAAGGAAAUCUUUGCAGUCACUACUGGUGAACAAGCAGGAAGAUCUUCCCCCACGCAAAAUAAAGGACAGCUACAUUGAAGUGAUGCUGCCCCUUGGUAGCCAGCCGCAGAUAAGAGAGAAAUACCUUAAUGUGUACAAUAAUGUUAGGUUUGGCCGAAUUCUUGAAGACCUAGACAGUUUAGGAGUGCUCAUUUGUUACACACACACAAAAUCGGACUCACGUCAGACCUCUCCUUUAUCGAUUGUCACAGCUUUGGUGGACAAAAUAGAUCUCCGGAAGCAUCUUAUCUAUCCUGACUGUGAUAUCAAGCUUACUGGGCAUGUUUCCUGGGUUGGAAAAACAUCAAUGGAAGUCAAAAUGCACAUGUUGCAACUCCAUGAUGGUGCUUUCAGCCCUGUACUAGAUGCAACAUUUGUAAUGGUGGCCAGAGAUCCCGAGAAUAAAAGGCCGGCUUUUGUUAAUCCAUUAAUUCCUGAUGGUCCUGAAGAAGAGAAUCUUUUCAAACAAGGAGAGUUGAACAAAAUGCGGCGGGUUGCUUUUAGCACCGCAUCACUGCUGAAAACGGCUCCAACCGCUGACGAACGUCAGGUCGUGCAUGAUAUGUUCUUAAACACGCUGGACCAACGGACUGUGAGCUUUCGAAGUAGAGUUCUGCCUUCUAAUUCUGUGUGGAUGGAAGAUACAAAACUUAAGGGCUUAGAGAUCUGCCACCCUCAGGAAAGAAACAUAUUUAACAGGAUCUUUGGCGGAUUUUUAAUGAGGAAAGCCUAUGAGCUAGGCUGGGCCACUGCCUGCUCAUUUGGCGGUUCAAGACCUUAUGUUGUUGCUGUUGAUGAUAUCAUGUUCCAGAGACCUGUGGAAAUUGGAUCACUGCUGUUCCUUUCUGCACAGGUUUGUUACACAGAGAGCAAGUACAUUCAGGUCAGAGUGCACAGUGAAGUUUCUGACCCCAUCACCAGAGAACACCAUACCACUAACAUAUUUCAUUUCACAUUCAUGUCAGAUAAAGAAGUUUGCCAUAUUGUGCCACAGACAUAUGGAGAAUCAAUGCUAUAUUUGGAUGGUAAACGCCAUUUUGAUGCAGCCAUCAAAAGCAGAAAUGGACAGAAUGGAAGCUUAUAAAGGAAAUGCAAGUCGGACACUACUUAUCUCAACAUUAAGAACAACUGAGCUUAUCAAUGUACAAUAGGCCUGGGAUGCUUACUGCUGCUUCUUUAAAAACUGUGCUCUUUAAAAAAGCAAAAGAACCUUCAUUUACUGCACUUAACUCAUGUCAAACCUAUCAAACAAACUUUAACUAUUUCUACAUUUUUAAAAAUCAGUCAAAACUGGAUCUUGGAUCUGUCAAACGACUGUGUUUCCCUGCAAAGCUCAAAUCAGCAGUAGCCUAUUGGCUGCUUGCUUACAAUCCAAGCCAUUAUUUACUAUUCACAAACUAAAUUGUUCAGUUUCAAUCCAAACUAAAAUAAAUGGAAAAUGCAGUGGCAGAAUUUUGGAUUAUGAAUUUCCAGUACUGUAUAAGAAAGGAAAUAAAUAGAUAUGGAAUGCUUCCGUCCAUUCUGUUCUGUGAACAUUAAUGGGCUUAUUUAUAAAUUUUCGAGUUUCUGAAUUCAAAUUUGUUUUUCUAAAUCUAAUAAACUUGCAUAUUGAAUGCUCACUUAUUUAUGAAUAAGGAAAACUUGUUUGAAUAAAAAAACUCCAUAUACCUCAAAUUUUUCAAGUUUACAGAGUUUGAAAAUAUGGCUUGACUUUGCCUAGGAAAACUCCCAUUGACUUCUAUAGAAACUCCCAAGCUUUUAGAUAGUGACGUUUACAUUCAAGUUGUCUGGGUGUUUUUGCACUUAAAUUCCAGAUAUUUGAGUUUUAGUGCUAAAAAAAAACAACUAAAUAGUGAGAAAAAAAUCAAACUUUGAUAAAUCACCGCCGAAAGGAGAAGUAAAGUUUUAGGGCACUAGGCACCCCUAGUAAUUGUAAUCACUUACCUGAUACCCCAGACUGGUGCUUUUGUUAGCAGGACAUUGCACCAGCCCGGGAUAUAUCUGAAGAACUUCUUUGGCGCAAUCUUCCUUCCUCUUCUUUUCUCCGGGGUGCAGACAUGUACACUAGAGUAAAAAAGGAAGCUCUUCAUUUCUAAGUUCGGCUUUUACUCUACUGCACAUGCAUCCGAUGGACCAGAAUGAAAACAAGAUGGAAGUAUCUGAAGAUGAUGGCGGCACUGAUCUUCUGCAGAAAUACCCUGGGCUGGUGCAGUUUUUAGCGAACAGGUGCACCUAACCAGGGUAAUAUUUUGGCACCCCAGUGAAUUAAACUUUAGUUCUCCUUUAAAAUAGCUGCAUGAUUUUGUGCUUACAACAACUGCUUGUUCCCCUACAGCUAUAGCCAAAUGCUGAAUAAAAUGUAUGGAAACCAAAUUUUUAAAAGGUCAAUAAAGUGUAUUCCGUAUUUAUCUAAUGGAAAUAUUGAGAGGAAGGCAUUGUUCUUUUCUCUUUGCACUCCCCUUUUGAAUUUUAAAACACAGAUUGUGAUCUUAAUCACAAUAUCUGCUCAUGCUUGGGCACUUGUGAUUUUGACAGUUUUGACAGAUUGUUCUGCAAUCUCAUCGGACUGCAGUAAGUUCACCUGAACGAAAAAUGUAUAUUGCUUAUGUCUCUUAGCAUGCACAGACCUGUAACUCAGAGGGACCACUGCACACUAUUACUCUUUUAGAUCUAUGCUAUUUCUCAAAUCAUGUGGAUAACCAAACCAUGUUGUAUGCAGCCAAUCAGUCCAAAGAUUCAUCAGUCAUAAAAACACAAAGCUGUAUGUCUCUGCAUUUAGUCAUUUGUAAGCUGAAAUUAUUUCAGGCUAUUAAUACACAACCUCCCUAGUAUGUUAGGUGGUUUUGGUUAGAUGUCUGAAAGAGUCAUAGCUCUUAUAACGAAAACUCCCUCUUCUCAUAGCCUGCUCAGAGUGGUCCAUAAAACUGUACUUUUUUACAAAUAUUCAAGCUAUUGUUUUGAUAGUCUGUGUAGCACUACUCCAUGUUUUCAUUUGCUCUCAUCAUUUGGUGUUCUCUGCCUCAGGGUGGAAGCAGCCAAGCGCCCCGUGUGCCAAGGAACUUAGAGAUAUUUUGCUUUUCAGCAUGUUUUAUAUACUCUGUCAGUCCCUGGUUGAACAAAUAUAGGGAGUCUGUUAUGUUAGUGUGUAAGACUGGUGUUAUACUCUAUGCAAAUUAUGUUAUGUAUGGUAUGAAUUAUAUCUAUUAAAAUAUUUUCAUUUACAGAAAA